AUGACUGGUGAAACCAAUACAGCUGUCCAUCGCUCUAGAUUUGUUAACUUCAGUACAGCUAAUAUCACUGCUCUUGCCUUUUCUCAUAAAUCCGAUGUGAAUAGGAAGACUCCCUCUGAUUUGAGACUGGCUGUUGGUAGAGGCAACGGUGAUAUUGAAAUAUGGAAUCCUAGGAACAGAUGGGUUCAGGAAUUUGUGAUUCAAGGUGGUAAAGAUAGAUCCAUUGAAGGUUUAUGCUGGUGUAAUGUCUCCGGUGAACCAUUAAGAUUGUUCUCUAUUGGUGGCUCUACUGUGGUUACCGAAUGGGAUUUAUCCACUGGCUUACCGUUGAAAAAUUAUGAUUGUAAUGCUGGUGUGAUCUGGUCCAUUGCAAUUAAUCAAUCUCAAUCAAAAAUUUCCUUGGGUUGUGACAAUGGUACUGUGGUGAUAAUUGAUGUUUCUGGAGGUCCUGGUUCUUUGGAAUACGACUGUGUUCUGAUGAGACAAGAAGCUAGAGUUUUGAGUCUGGCUUGGAAUAGAGACGAUUUCGUAAUUGGUGGUUGUUCAGAUGGUAGAAUUAGAGUAUGGAACCUUCAAAAGGAAAGUGAGGAAGUCAGAGGCAGAUUGCUACAUACAAUGAAAGUUGAUAAAGCAAAGAAGGAAUCUACUCUGGUAUGGUCUGUAUUGUAUUUACCUGCUUCCAAUCAAAUUGUAUCUGGGGACUCUACUGGUUCUGUUAAAUUUUGGAAUUUCCAUUAUGCUACCUUAAAUCAAUCUUUUAAAGUCCAUGAUGCUGACGUAUUAUGUUUGACCACAGAUUGUAUGGGUUCUAGUAUUUUCAGUGCCGGUGUUGAUAGAAAGAUUUAUCAAUUUACUAAAUCCGCUUCAAAAGCUAAUAAAGAUAAUUCAAAUAAGUGGGUUGUCUCUUGUAAUAGAUUAUUGCAUGCUAAUGACGUCAGAGCUAUGUGUUCUUACCAAUCAAACGGUGCUGAUUUCUUAGUUUCCGGUGGUGUAGAGAAAAGACUGGUUAUCAGUUCAUUAUCAUCAUUCACAGAUGGUCUAUAUAUGAAAAUGCCUACAGUUGUACCAUUCUCUAAAAAUUUGUUAAUAAAUAGGAACCAGAGAUUAUUGGUUAGUUGGUAUGAAUCAGUAGUCAAGAUAUGGAAACUAGGUGAUGAUUUAAGUUCUGAUCAAAAUUACAAACUGGUAUGUAAGCUAACUUUAAAAGAUGAACAAAACAUUUCCACCUGCUCAAUGUCACCAGAUGGUACAGUUCUUGUAGUUAGCAGACCAUCAACCACGAAGGUAUUUCAUUUACAACCAACGGACUCUAAAUUAAAGGUUACAAAGCUAGAUAAUGAUCUAUUAUUAAAGACUGGUACCUCUCAUGUCAAAUUUAUUGAUGACUCUAAAAUUAUUGCAUGCUCCACUGAUGGGGAAUUAUUUAUGUUAGAUCUGGAAGAUGAUGAAGAUGAAAAGAAGAUAGAAAUAGACCUUCCUGAAAUCCAAGAAACAAAGAGUAGUUCUAAGAUUCGUUAUAUCAAUAACAUUAACCAUUUAGCUGUAGAAGGUAACUUGGUUGCUUUGUCCUACUGUUGUGGUACUAUCGUGUUGGCUAACCUAGAGACAAAAGAGUCAUUUGUUUUAGCCAACCUAAUGACAUUCAUAACUGCAUUAUCAUUGAAUUUGCAUAGAAAUUCUAUCAUUGUUGUUACAGCUGAAAACAAAAUACUAGAAUUCAAUAUUGGUUUCAACCAAGAAUCAAUUUCAGGUAGCAUACUCUCAGAAUGGUCAAAGAAAAACAGUGAAAAUUUACCAAGACAGUUCCAGAGUUUACAAGACAGAUGUGUUGGAAUCUUUUUCAAAGAUGAAGAUUUUGAUAAUGUUUGGUUAUGGGGUUCUAAUUGGUUAGCAAGAGUAGAUUUGAAGGUAGAUUUGCCAGCAAAUACAAGAAAGAAGCCUAAGAAGCAUAACCGUGAUGGCUUGACUAUUACUGACGACAGUAAUUUCUUGAAUGAUGGUGAAGAAGAUGAAGAUAAUGAUUUAGAAGUAACAGAAUCAUUGGACGUCUUAACAUCAAGUCUAAACAAUUUCAGAACAAAUAGCGAUAGCAAAACAAAAACCAAUGCUCAAGCAUUUUUCAUUACAGAUAAGUAUAGACCGAUUUUAUUCACUGAUUUUAUCUCUAGUAAUGAAUUGGUAGUUGUAGAGAGACCACCUUUAAUGACUACCACUCAAACAGGUGCAUUUGACCUUCCAAAGAUCAUAUUUUGA